UUUGUGAUUGGCUUGUAGCUUUAUAGGUAUCCUACACUCCACCGUACCUAAUAGUCUCCGAUAUUGCCAUUUUUAUAUAUAACGGCGGUAAACGUUGAAACCCACGCUCCCGCCCCGGCCUUAGAAAGCAAAAAAUAAAACAAAAACAAAUCGUUAACCGUUGAUGGGAACCACCGUCAGUUGAUAAGUAUUAAGUAGCAGAAGCGGCGGUUUCACGCUACGUUUUUCUGAUUUCGAUCUCCGAAAGCGAAUUUUUCUUUUUUGUAAAUAAAUAAAAUAAAAACGCUUUUUGAUAACGACACGCCUCAGCUAACAAAAGAUUAAAACAAUAUUAGUCACUUUUAUUUAUUUUUAAAAUUUAAUUCUAGAAACAAUAGUGUGAGAAUUUUUUUUCCUUUUCCGUUUGGAGAGAGAGAGAGAGAGAGAAAAGCCCGCCUCGCAACCUAAAGUGAUAGCUUUUUUCUCAUUUCUUAGCUCUGCCUUUGAUUAUUAUAUUUAUUCAUUUUUUUAUAUAUAAGGAAAUAAGGAGAGAAAUCGAAAAUUCAACCAUUCGUUUUCAUGUGAAUUUCAAUAUGCUUCUAUUCUGUGUGGAAUGAAUGCGUUUUUUUUUUCUUUUCAAGCAACGAGCUGUAAUAGAGAAUCGCAGAGAUCUGGAAGAUUUGGUAAUAUAUAAAAGUGACAGCAUCUCAUUAUUUCUGAGAUUUUCUGUGUCCGUUUGGUUGCAGAGUGAGGUCUGAUCACGAUUUCGGAUACAGAGUACAAUGCCUGCUAAAUUUUGUCUACUUUUACUGAAUUUUGAUCGAAGUCGAGAAUAAAAUUGUGCUUCGCAGAUUUUUCUUUUUGGAUCUGAUUUUCAAAAUAUCAGGGGAGUUAAUAGCAUUUCAAGAAACCGAGAGGUUUAGAAAGGAAGGGAAUUUGGAUUUUGAGACGUCUGAGGACGAGAAAAGAAGACCGACGCGAGGGAGAUCUCUGAAGAAGAAAGCUAUGACUGCUUCAACAAAGCUAACACAUGGUAUAAGGAAGCGUGGCAAACGCGUGGCUGAUUGCAAAUUUGCGGCAAUUUCUAUCGAGGAUGUAAGGGAUGCGGAGGAGGAAAAGGCAGUCCAAGCUUUUCGCGAGGCAUUACUUGCAAAAGAUCAGCUUCCCUCACGUCAUGAUGAUUACCACACUUUGUUAAGAUUUCUGAAAGCAAGGAAAUUUGACCUCGAUAAAACUGUCCAGAUGUGGGAAGAUAUGCUGAACUGGAGGAAAGAGAAUGGAGUAGAUACUAUUUUACAGGAUUUUGUGUAUGAUGAAUAUGACGCAGUUCAGCGCUGUUACCCUCAUGGUUACCAUGGUGUAGACAAACAGGGUCGCCCAGUUUAUAUUGAAAGACUUGGUAAAAUUGACCCUACCAAGCUGAUGAAGGUUACUACAGUGGACAGAUUUUUGAAAUAUCAUGUGCAGGGCUUUGAGAAGGCUUUUGUGGAGAAGUUUCCUGCUUGUUCUAUUGCUGCCAAGAGGCAUAUAGAUUCUACAACCACAAUAUUAGAUGUGCAGGGGUUGAACUGGAUGAGCUUUGGCAAGGUUGCACAUGAUCUUGUAAUGCGAAUGCAGAAAAUUGAUGGAGACAACUAUCCCGAGAGUUUACAUCAAAUGUUCAUAGUUAAUGCUGGAAAUGGAUUCAAACUACUAUGGAACACAGCAAAAAGCUUUCUUGAUCCAAGGACUACAGCAAAGAUUCAUGUUCUUGGGAACAAAUUUCAUAAUAAAUUAUUGGAGAGUAUUGAUCCAAGCCAAUUGCCGGAGUUUCUUGGUGGAACAUGCUCAUGCCUUAAUGAUGGCGGGUGUCUUAGAUCUGACAAAGGACCCUGGAAUAACUCAGAAAUAAUGAAGUUGGUGCACUCAGGAGAUGCCUUGUACUUGAGGAAAACAGAAAGUUCUUCUGAUAAUGACAAUUUGGAGGCCAAACUUUUAUCUACUAAGGUUGCAAGUAGUGAAAUAUCUUAUGCUUCCGAUGUGAGAUCACAUACAUCAGAUUUCAUGCAGUUAGUGUCACUUUCUGACAAAGGACAGAUGAGUGCUCCUAUAUCAAUGCAUGACAUUAUUGAACCAGAAAGUGCUGCAAUAACUGAAGAAGCUAAUUCAACAAAUGAUGUAACUAGCAUUGUUACUCCAAGAAAUCCAAGAAAGAAGUUCGUUAACCAAGUAAUAGAUUUUGUGGUUUACUUCUUACUCAAAUUGUUGGCAUGUAUCUUUUUCUUUGCCCCUGGACUGGGAAGAUUUUCUGAAGCACAAGAUUCAAAUCCACAAGUAGGAAAUCUGUCUAAUCACGAGGUGGCAGGUUCAGGGUCUCUAGGAAAUGGUACCUUGACAGAAGCAAAAGAGGAGUCACUCCAUCCAUGUUGGCAGAGGCUACAAAAUUUAGAAAGCUUGGUAACUGACCUUUGUAACAAACCCACAAACAUUCCUCCUGAAAAAGAAGACAUGCUUCUUGAAUCAUUAAGUCGUAUUAAAUCUAUUGAACAGGAUUUACAGAGAACAAAGAAAGCAUUGCUUGCAACUGCAUCAAAGCAAGUGGAACUUGCUGAGUCAUUGGAACAUUUAAAAGAGACCAGCUUAGCUGAAACUAAAUUGGUGACACUAGUCUGUUCUGGUUGCUUGCCUAAGUGCUGCCAGUCCAUUAUGGCAAGGGGACAUACUCAUGUUGGCGAAGAAACUACAAACCUUUGAACCCGGGAAGAUGAAUUCAGUUGUUUGAUGGAUUGUGGUGAGGUGUCCAAUUAUUCAGUUUCUGUUGUCACAUCAACAAUAUGCUAUAAUGGCAAGAUAUGCAAAUGUCUGGCGUGAUUUGAGGAGCAGCAGCAGCAGUCAAGGUGAGGUGACGGAGUUUUCAGGUGAAUAUGAAAAUAUUUCUUUCUGACAGCCACACAGUAGCAGCUGUGGCCAGUUGUGCAUAUGGAUUUGAAGUUUCUGUACAUAGUAUGAUUUUCCCCCACAAUUCUUUUUCCCUUUGUUUUCUAAGGCUGUUAUAAAAGAACAACAAUGGUUGAGCACACAUACAUUCAUAACAGAAAAGAUGUAUACAGAGAGGAGGUUAUCAUAA